GUCCAUAUGGCAUUUGAUGCGAGCGCGUUGCAGCUUCGCAUAUCAGUCUGUCUCGCGCUCCGUAAGCAGACGGUGAGAAGAUUGAGAUUGACGGCCACUGUCUUUACUUGGAACCUGUACUCUACGUCGAGGACGUAUUUAAAAACAGGGAAACAGACAUUUCAGUGGAGAAGCUGAACUAUCAAACAAUUUGACGUGCGAGAAUAACCAAAAGGAACAUUGCUUCGGGCGCGUCUUAAAAAAAUACAAAUUAAACGGUGAUAGAAGAUACCAAUGUAACGUAUCAGUCAAUUUGUAAUACUGUCACGUCCACAGCUCUUUGCAUGCAGGGCAUGUUUCCUCGCAGGGGUCGAUCAACCACGCUGUUCUUUUCCACGUCUUGUGCCUGUCAGCCUACGGUCUAGACUUUUCCGAGCACCGGUGGAUCACCAGCCUGACGAUGGGAGGAAAUCUAGGGUGCCACCGGUCCAUCCCUAAAGACCCCUCAGAUGUUGGUCACAGCAAACGUAAAUUCAGCGCGGCUUGUAACUUUAGUAAUAUACUAGUCAACCAGGAGCGGUUGAAUAUCAAUACGGCAACUGAGGAGGAACUGAUGACUUUACCGGGAGUGAACCGCACGGUCGCUCAGAAUAUUGUGGAAUAUCGUGACUGUAUAGGGGGAUUUAAAAAGGUGGAAGACUUGGCACUAGUUAGCGGGAUAGGGGCUACGAAAUUAGAGAUGAUCAAACUAGAAAUAUGCGUGUCGAGUCGGACAAGCUCAUCCCAGCACUCUCCGUCGUCGCUGCGUAAAGACUUGGAGCACCUGUCAUGUACAGGUAUGAACAUCAACACCGCAACCCCUGCUCAACUCAUGAGCAUCCGUGGCAUCACGGAGAAAAUGGCCAAGAACAUAGUAGAGUAUCGUGCCGAGAACGGCCCGUUUAAAAGCAUUGAAGAUCUGGUGAGGGUCAACCACAUCAACUCCUCCCUGUUGGACAAAAUCCGUUUCCAAGUUUUUGUUGAACGAUCCAGAACACCUUCCACAAACACCAACGGCGGGUUGACGUACACCACAAAAUCUCACCCGAGCCCGACCUCUUUCAGUCUUCGAAGUGAUGAUCUUGACCUUCCGCCUGGUGGGCCAACGCAGAUCCUGUCGGUGCGGCCCAACGUAGAGCCUCUGUGCGGGUUGCGAGACGGAAGAGCGGUGGUGCGAGUGGCCACCUGGAACUUGCAGUCCUGUUCCUGUGAGAAGGCUAACAAUCCAGGAGUGAAAGAGGUCGUGUGUAUGACACUUCUGGAGAACGACAUCAAGUUACUGGCCGUUCAGGACCUACUGGACCGAGAGGCCCUGGACAAGUUCUGUGUGGAGCUCAACCAGGGCAUGCUGGCCAGUGUUCGCAAGUGGAGAGGACCAAGAGGGCUGUGGAAGUGCACUGUGUCUGAAAAACCCACCGGACAGACCGACAAGGGAUACAGCUAUUCAGGCUUCCUGUGGGACAGCUCCUCCGGGAUCGACCUGAAAGAAUCUGCCGUCCUGGAAAGUCCCGCCGUCAAUGGCAACGGAAAGCAUGUCUAUCCCCGUCCGUAUCUGGCUCACUUCCUCAUCGGUUCAUCUGACCUGACCAUCGUAAACGUCCACAUGAGAGGGUCCGCAGCCCAGCCAGGAGAGCCCAACGGCAAAAGCCAGAGCCACGAUGAGCCCGGGAGCCAACACAUGUCCGUCAGUAUUCAGGAUACCCUCAAAGGGGUGAAGGAUGUGCUGGUGCUGGGGGACUUUGGCCUGCCUCCCCAGAGCGCUGAGCUGGAGAUGCUGCGCAGGGAGAAGCUGAGCCCCCUGGUGCCUGGCUCUCACUUCACCAACAUCAGCACACGCUCUCCACAGGGCUCGCACUGCCUGGACAACAUCUGGCUCAGCCGCUCGCUCAAGAAAGUCUACUCAGGCCAUUGCACAGUGGUGCGGGAAGGCCUGACCAACCCCUGGAUCCCUGACAACUGGUCGUGGGGAGGCGUAGCGUCGGACCACUGCCCUGUCGUGGCUGAGUUCUUUGUGGACAUCACUCCCAAAGAGCUGAGCAAGAACAGGGUGGCGGUGUUGGAGCAAGGAGAGGCCAUGCCCAAACACGAGCGGUGACCAACUUCACGGUCACCAUAGAGACAGUCGUGAGUGUGGCAAGGGAUAUUGGACGGUGACAUUUCAUAAUGACUUUGCCCUGGAUCCUGCUUUGGGUUGGUUUGCAGUGGAGCAAAGGGUUACCUGACAAAUCUGAAAAGCACCAAGAUUGCCUUUUUAGUUUCCUGAUAUCAGUGUAUGUUGGUCUGUGUAGAUCCAUGGUGUAGAAUUAUUUGUUUGUAAAUUAAGAGAUAUGUGUGAUAUAGAUAUGGUAAGUGUGCCACAAUAUUUUAUAAAUAUAGAUGAAUUCAAAUGAAAUUGGUAGACAUUUCUCCUGUGUUAAGUCUUUUGUAAGUAGUUUUGAAAAACUAGUAUACAUUUUCAUUUAAGAAAUAUUAUAAUUCUGGGCAACACUUUACACUGAGGUUACAUUAACUACUUUGCAAUUCCUAUGUAUGUAUGUGCAAUGCUUUAACUAUGGGUACUGCUAUGUAGUUACACGGUAGUUUAUGUAACAUUUCAUAUAAAGUAUUGCCCAAUUCCGUUCUACUCAGUUUGGAAGUCACCUACUAUGUCCUAAAGUAGUUUACUUGAGGCACACACUUAAACUGUCAGUAAAUACUGAGCUGUAAAAAGCUGCUCUAUUAAGUUGCGUAAGGAGGCCCUUUGUAUGUGUACUAUGUUACUUCCCUAAUGGAGAUGGGGCGACAAGGCACUGUGACAUUGACUUUGCCUGCGAUGGCCAAUCAACUCCCUUGUUUGACAGCACAAAGAACCACCGUGCUGUGAAGAGGGUAUCUCUGAGCCAGACCUGUUUGCUCGCUGCUGUGUUUAUAUGUCACCGGUGUUUUUUUAAAUUGUAUUCCUCUUUUCUCCUGUCCACGUUUGAUUCAAUGGAGUAAAAACCAAUUGGACAUCUUUUUUACCUCCACUCUCCCUCAAAAACGGGUUGUCCCUAACAAGAUGGCAAUUCACCAAGAAUGACUGUCUCCUUAUAACUCAAUUAUGAUGGUGUGUUUUCUGUUGCUCUUAGCUGCUGUGUUUUGUCUAACUUUCAGACGGUGUAGUGAGCACGGCUUGUGAGCUGACCCUCGGGGGGUCACUAGGAGGGUCAGGGCAGGCUGCUGAACGUUCCACAGACCCAGUGUCUUCUCUGACUCAGAGCUAUUUAUGGAGAGAAAACAGGCUUCUAAACCAGUCCCAGGACAACGCAUUGUAUUGUGCUUGUUUCGCAAUGAGAGAGACAAUGGCCACUGUUGACAAAAUGAAGCUGUUUUACGACAGGGGAUCUAUGUAAGUGACCUAUCUUAACCUAGUGAGUUCUGAUGACUGUGUUUGGGACGGAACAUCUGACAGUGAGGACGAUAAAUAAAGUGACAUUGUUCCAGACAGCUGGACCUGGAGGAAAGUACCACUACCAAGCUAACAUGGUCAGAAUCAUUGACAUAUCAUGACACAUAUUUAGCAAAACCCAGAUUGACUCCUGCAACAUAUUUUUCCUUACGAGAACCAAGAAACGGAACGACAUUGAACUUUGUACUUCAAUAGCCUGAUCUGUCAGACGUGAUCAUUGUGGUUGCUGUUGUUAAUGUGAUUGAAAUAAAACAAUGGA